CUCUUACUACGGAAUUUCCCGACUCCAGCUCAAGUCUCAAGACCCAAGUCCCAAGCUCCACCCUACCAUCAAGAUGCCGUCUGCUCCGUCAACGAAGAAGGCCAACGCCGGCCCCGGCUACUACGACCUCAUCAAGGAGGCUGUGCUCACGCUCAAGGAGCGCUCGGGCUCGUCUCGUCACGCCAUCGACAAGUACGUGGCCGCUAAGAAGGGCGCCAGUUACUCCAAGUCUCGCCUUAACAUCGCGCUGAAGCGUGGAGUCGAGUCCGGCAAGCUGGUGCCUGUCAAGGGCUCGUUCAAGCUCGCUGCUGAGGAGAAGAAGGGUGCUGCCAAGAAGCCGGCUGCCAAGCCUGUCGCUAAGAAGGCUGCCCCCGCUAAGAAGCCUGCUGCUAAGACGGCCAAGAAGCCUGCUGCUAAGAAGUCUACCAAAACGGCUAAGAAGCCCGCUGCCAAGAAGACGACGGCAAAGAAGACUACGAAGACGGCCAAGAAGCCCGCCACUAAGAAGGUCACUAAGUCUGCUAAGAAGGUAUCGGCUAAGAAGCCCAAGACCACCAAGAAGAAAGUGGUGAAGAAGUCGGCGGCCAAGAAGACCACCAAGACUGCGAAGAAGUAAGCUACACUGUCGCCUAUUGUUAUGUGCUUUUACCAGUUCGUGUUCGUCGGAGCUGCGCGGUGUCGUGGCUCUGACAGCCUUCUUUAUUCUUAUUAUUCCAAUGGAAUCCUAUUCAAUUUGCCUUUUGUU